UUAACUUUUAUGAAAUAAAUUCUAUCAUUUUAGCAUACCUGCGGGUUACCUUAUUAAUCCCUGUGGAGACAUGACUGUAAUAAAUGAUAUCGAUAUCACCGUAAAACCUUUCAGCUCAGUUAUUUCAACGCGAAGUUUAGAAGCCAGUUUUUCAGCUGGGAUGCCCUACAAAGUGGGUGGAAGUAUGUCUCAAGAGCCUAUAGUUCUAUAUAGUGGACAAGGAUGGAGUGGUUUCUUAGAAUUGUUUUUUGUCAAAUUCAACUUUCAGAAUAAAACUGGAUAUGGAUUGUUUCUAUCAGGGGAGGUGUAUAAUGAGCCAGCGAAACCAAAGAUCCCUAUACUUCACACUCUUUAUCCUAAAAAAGUACCUUUGACAGUCAAGUUCACCGACGAGAUUUCUCAAUUUGGAGAUAUUUCUGGUGGAAAAGGAUCAUCUUUGGGAAAGUUGACCAAACUGAGUCGAAAAGACAAAUCAUUUAUUGUUCCAAAGGGGAUCGUUGUUACAACAGCUGCUUAUGAAGAGUUUCUGACUCCUGAUAUACUGAAUGCAGUGAAAAAAUUAGAAAACGUUGCUUAUGGGAAUACUGAAGGAGAAAUAAAAGAUGAAUGUGAAGCUGUUGCCAAAAUCAUUUUAAACGCAGCCCUGCAGAACAAGAUAUCGCAGAGUAUUAUGGAAAAUUUGAAAUCUGUUUUUGGAGAUGGAUUUAGAAACUAUAAAUUUGCUGUUAGAUCAUCCGCUACAGGGGAGGAUACCGAUGUGAUGUCAGCAGCUGGUCAAAUGGACACAUAUUUGGGAGUUCAAGGUGUACAAGAGAUAUUCUAUGCUGUCAAAAAAUGUUGGGCUUCUCAGUUUGGACAUAUUGCUGUUGAAUAUAAAAAACAGAAUGGGCAGAUUUUGAAUUCACCAAUGGCUGUUGUUAUACAAGAGAUGGUUGCUUGCGAAGUAGCUGGAGUUAUUUUUACUUGCGAUCCUGUGAACAAUAACCCGGAUGUUAUUACAAUAACAGCUAAUUAUGGCUUAGGAGAGACUGUAGUUUCUGGAUCUGUUGAACCGGAUACUAUAAUGCUGGAUCGAUCUGAUAACGAAGAAAUAAAAGUGAAAUCAAUAGUUGUUGGCUCAAAACAUCAGAGAAUUGUUUUAAAAGAAUCUGGUGGAACGGAAGAGGAAGAUUUAUCUGAGGAUGCUAAAGCGACAACUUGCAUAAACGAAGAGACUGCUAUAGACCUCGCAAAAUUAGCUAUAAGAGUGGAGAAAUUCUAUCACUCAUCCCGAGACAUAGAAUGGGGAUUGCUGAACAAUAAAAUAUAUCUUCUUCAAAGCCGGCCUGUCACAAGUGGAGGAUCACUUACUGAAUUUGAAUUGAGGCAUGAAUUCAAUUGCGUUUUAAGGAGCGAAAGAGAUUAUUUUACUGUAGCUAAUCUUGGAGAAGUCAUGCCAGGUGCUACGACACCGCUGGGUGCGGAAUUAAUUCGCAAAUAUUUUAUGACAUCUCUUGCAACAGAUGUGUAUGAGAAAGGACAAGUGGAUGCAUUUGUCAAAAGCAUGUACUUCCCAGCAGGUUUUAGUACAUUCUGCCAACAAAUGGUUAUGUCAGUACCAGAGAUUAUAUAUAGAUAUGGUUAUGAUACAUUAUUUUCAAAAGGGCUAACUAUUAGCAUGUUUGGCAGAUUAUUGGAUGAUCCUGAAUUAGUUGAAGUUGCCAAAGAAAGAGUACCAGAUGCACCUAAAUCAACGAUUUGGGAAGAUUUAAUGUUCUUAAAGAAUUUAUACUUCUUUAAUUUUGGUUCCGGAAAAGUUAAGCAGUUGCUUGAUAAUUAUGAUUUUCCGUAUUUACAAUACGAAACAGCAGAAGAAACUUUUGAUGCUCUAAUGAAGUCCUGUUCUGAUUUUAACGAGUCAAUUUUGUAUCACAGUGAGACGACGGAAAACUCAUCACAUUGGAAUAUAAUAAUUUUUUCAAUACUGCAUCGCGCUAAAGGACAGUUUGAUACAGAUGUAUACAGUGAUUUUUCGAGAAUUUUAGCAUCAUCAUCUGAAGUAGAAAGUGCUGAUGUUCCUUCUUCGAUGCAGAAAGUGGCUAAUCAAAUCGUGAAGGAUUUGGGUGCUGAAAAAUUCAAAGCUAUGACUGUAGAAGAAGCAGAAAAAUGGUUGAAUACCUCAAAUACAACUUCCAACAAGCUAUACAAGGAGUUCCUUCAAAGGCAUGGUCAUCGAUGCAUAAAAGAAUUUGACAUUUAUUCCACGCCGUGGGGGCAGGAUCAGAAAAUGUUCAUAAAACUACUACAGACCUUGUCUUCCUGCGCAAAAGAAGAGACUGAAAAUUCUGAAGAAAAAUUUUCGAAACUAUUUUCUGAAUUACGAGUUCCUUUAAAUGUCUUAAAUAGGUUUCUUUUAAGACUUGCUAUACCAAAAUGUCGCAAAGGCGUAAGCUCAAGAGAAUCAAGCAAGUCAAUGUUGAUCAAAAGUAUGGAUAAUUGGAGGAAAGGAUAUCGACGUUUAGCUAAGCUAAUGGUGUCGGAAGGCCGAAUUCCAAAUGAAGAUCUUCUCUUUUUUAUGACAAUGGAUGAAAUCAGAGACUUGUUGGAAACAAGAUAUCCAAAGAUUAUAGCUAGAGCAAAUCAACGUAAGAAACUUUUCCCAGUUUUGGAUCAGUACAAAUUUCCAGAAAUAAUUCGUGGUUUUCCAAAAGGUGUAGAUGAAGUUGAAGAAUCUAAUGAUGCAGCUGAAUAUGUUGCUGAUUUAACAAUGCAAGGUAACAAUAAAUUUCUUCCGGGUGAAAUCUUAAUAGCCUACAGUACAGAUAUUGGAUGGAGUCCGUAUUUUCCAAUUAUAUCUGGUGUUGUCACAGAACUUGGAGGACUCAUCUCACAUGGCGCUGUUGUGAGUAGAGAAUAUGGCCUUCCUUGCGUGGUUGGACUUCGAGGAGCCACAAAGCAAUUUAAAACAGGUGACUAUGUUUUACUCGAUGGAAAAAAAGGUGUGCUUCAAAGACUGCCAAAACCACAGGAAUAAAAUCAAAAAAUUUGUCACACGAUUCGGAAAAAUAGAUGUAGCUGUAUAUUUCUAUCUGUGAAGUAUUCAUACUAAUCAAUGAACUUGAACAUUAAGAAAAAUUGUCCUCAUUUCGAUAAAACGUCGGUUGUAUUGCAAAAUGUCAUUAACUUCAAAGAAAAAUAUAUUUUUUUUGGUUGCAUUCAAUUUAGUUAUAACCAUAA